AUGUCUGCCGUCGCCCGCUCCAUCCGUCCCUUCGCCUCGCGCGCCCUCUCCCAGAAGCUCCCGCUGGCCGCUGCCCGCAGGGUUUCGCCCGCCAUGGGUUUCCCGCGGGGAAGUAUCAGGAGCUUCUCCCAGAGCCCGUUCAGUGCGAUUCCCUCCCGAUUCGCCCUUCAGAAGGCCAUUGAGGCCUUGGAGGUGAAGAAGUACACCGAGUCUCACGAAUGGAUCGAGCUGGCCGAGAACGGCAAGACGGCCAAGAUCGGUAUCACGGAAUACGCCGCUAAGUCUCUGGGUGACGUUGUCUACGUCGAGCUGCCCCAGGAGGACCUGGAGGUCAGCGCCGGAGAGCCCGUCGGUGCCGUCGAGUCCGUCAAGUCUGCCUCCGACGUCCUGUCCCCUGUCUCGGGUACCGUCGUGAAGGGUAACUCCAUCCUCGAGGACAAGGCUAAGACCAUCAACGAGAGCGCCGAGGCUGAUGGCUGGAUCGCCGAGAUCGAGGUCAGCGACGCGGCCGAGCUGGACGGCCUACUGGAUGCUGCGGCCUACAAGGAGUCUCUGGAUGAGGAGUAA